AUGCCACAAGAUUUAUCAGCAACACCUGAAACCCCCAAAGAAGAUGGCAGACCCAAGUGGGACAAUAAGUUCCAGUACAUUUUGAGCUGUAUCGGAUUUGCCGUUGGCCUGGGGAACGUGUGGCGCUUUCCAUACUUGUGUCAGAUACACGGAGGCGGGGCUUUCCUGAUCCCAUACUUCAUCGCUCUUGUCUUUGAAGGAAUCCCACUGCUACACCUCGAGCUGGCCCUUGGGCAGAGCCUGAGGAAAGGCAGCAUUGGAGCCUGGAACACCAUCUCUCCUUACCUUGGAGGCAUUGGAGUUGGUUCAUGGAUGGUGUCGAUUCUGGUGAGCUUAUUCUACAACACUGUUUUAACUUGGGUGAUGUGGUAUUUCAUAAACUCCUUCCAAGAACCUCUUCCUUGGAGUGUUUGUCCUCUAAAUGAAAACAGAACAGGGUUUAAUGAAGAAUGUUAUGAAAGCACUGCAGUAAAUUAUUUCUGGUACAGGAAAACUUUGAACAUAACACCUGAUAUUGCUGAGAGUGGCACGUUCCAGUGGUGGCUCAUUUUGUGCUUAGCAGCUUGCUGGGCAAUUGUCUAUCUCUGCACCAUCCGAGGAAUUGAAACCACAGGGAAGGCAAUUUAUGUCACAGCAAUAUUUCCAUAUCUGGUCCUGACUAUAUUCCUUAUUCAAGGACUCACUCUACCAGGAGCCACCGAAGGUCUGAUUUACCUCUUCACCCCUAAUCUGAACACUUUGAAAAAUCCCAGUGUGUGGCUUGAUGCAGCUACACAGAUUUUCUUCUCUCUCUCUUUGGCUUUUGGAGGGCUUAUUGCAUUUGCGAGCUACAAUCCAGCAAAAAAUGACUGUGAAAAGGAUGCUGUGACAGUAGCAAUUGUGAACAGCAUGACAUCCCUCUAUGCUUCCAUCCCAGUCUUUUCUGUUUUGGGGUUUAAAGCAACCACAGCCUACUGGGACUGCUUGGACAGGAACAUUAUCAAUAUCAUCAAUGAAUUUGAUCUUCCAGAAGAAAGCAUCAUGCGACAGAACUAUACAUCCUGGAUUAGUUUUUUGAAUUCAUCAUAUCCAGGAAAAAUUGCUGGACUCAAACUGAAAAGCUGUGAUCUUCAAGAAUUUCUUGAUCAGAGCGUCUCAGGAACUGGCUUGGCUUUCAUUGUUUUCACUCAAGCUAUCAUCCUCAUGCCAGGCUCCCAAGCCUGGGCCAUCCUGUUUUUCAUCAUGUUGUUCAGCUUGGGCCUUUCUUCCAUGUUUGGAAACAUUGAGGGUGUCUUCACUCCUCUUCUAGAGCUUCAAAUUCUACCUAAAUCAGCACCUAAAGAGCUAUUAUCUGGCAUAAUAUGUCUAAUUAGCUUCCUCAUUGCUCUGUGUUUUACACUGGGUUCAGGGAGUUACUGGAUUGACAUUUUUGACAGAUAUGCAGCUUCAGUGCCUCUUUUAGUCAUCGCUUUUUUUGAAGUGAUUGGAGUUGUGUACAUCUAUAAAAUUAAAAGGUUCAGUGAAGAUGUGGAAUGGAUGACCGGAAGAAAACUCAGUCUCUUCUGGCAGAUCACAUGGAGGUUUAUUAGCCCUCUGCUCCUGCUAAUUGUCUUCAUGGCCUUUGUUACUCUUCAGAUGCAGAAGUCACCAAGCUACACAGCCUGGAACCCUAAAUAUGAAGGCUUCCCCAUGAAAGAGGAGAAAGUUUAUCCACGUUGGGUACAGGCCAUUUGUGUGCUGCUGGCUGCCCUUCCUUGUGUGUGUAUACCUCUGGUAGCGCUCUUCCACCUGGCCAAACAAAAGCGCAGGAGCAAGGAGCCAAGCCUUGUACCACCAGAAGUCUCCUCCUGUCAGGGGGCUAACAGCAACUUUUCUCAUCCAAAAGAAUAA